AUGGCAUCUUCUCGCCCGGCCACAGCCGCCUUAUUGCGCGCGCUGCGGCGGACAAGCACGGCACCCCAACAAUCCUCCCGCGCGGCUGCAACGUCACUCCCCCUCCGAACGGGUCCCGGGCCUGCAGCCACCACCACCGCCGCCGCCGCCGCCGCGCCGCUCCAGUUCCGCCGGCCAAGCUCAACCUCGAGCUCGACUUACUCGUCCGUCUCCCCCGAAGAAGUCGAGCACUUCAACAUCCUCGCCGCCGACUGGUGGGACCCCCACGGCUCCUCGCGCCUCCUGCACCUAAUGAACCCCCUCCGCCACAACUUCAUCCGCGACUGCCUCGCCAGCCAACCCGACCCGUCACCCACGCCCACGCGCUUCCUCGACGUCGGCUGCGGCGGCGGCAUCUUCGCCGAGAGCGCGGCCCGGCUGCCCGACACUACCAAAGUCACGGCCGUCGAUCCUACGCCCGGCGUGCUCGCCAUCGCAAAGGGCCACGCGCGGCGUGAUCCGGCACUGCGGGGCAAGCUGGAAUACAAGGCCGCCACGAUCGAGACGCUUCCCGUUCCCACCAAGGCUGAGGAGUGUUACGAUGUGGUGUCGGUGUUCGAGGUCGUCGAGCACGUGUCGUCGCCGGCCGAGUUCCUUGACCGGUGCGCGCCGUUUGUGAGGCCUGGCGGGUGGCUUAUCGGGAGUACGAUUGCGAGGACGUGGACGAGCUGGUUUACGACGAAUUUGAUUGCCGAGGAUAUCUUGGGGAUUGUGCCCAAGGGCACGCACGAUUGGCGCAAGUACAUCAACGACGACGAGCUCAAGGGCAUGUUUAUGGGGAAGGGGUGGGAGAUGCCGAGGGUCAUGGGGGUUGUGUAUGUGCCUGGUCUCGGGUGGAGGGAGGUCAAGGGCAGCGAGAAGGUUGGAAACUACUUUUUCGGUGUGAGGCGGGCGGCGUGA